AUGAUCGUAUCCAACGUGAGCCUAAGUUGCGCGAGGUCUGGUGGCGCGUGGUGUGCCAACACCGGUGACGGCCACUUGGAAGGGACUUCUUCAGACCACACUCUAAGCGCAACUGGACACCUGGUUGUCGCCGUGUGUCUCGGUUUUAUCGGGACAUUCGGUUUCCUCAAUAACUUACUCGUCCUCAUCCUUUUCUGUCGCUACAAGAUGCUGCGCUCGCCCAUUAACUGCCUGCUGGUGAGCAUCUCUUUCAGUGAUCUGCUGGUGUGUGUCCUGGGAACUCCGUUUAGCUUUGCAGCGAGCACGCAAGGACGCUGGCUUAUCGGACCCGCAGGAUGUGUGUGGUACGGUUUCGUGAAUUCUUGCCUUGGCAUCGUGUCCCUCAUCUCACUGGCGGUGCUCUCCUAUGAGCGCUACUGCACCAUGAUGGGCGCCACCCAGGCCGAUGCCACCAACUACAAGAAGGUGGCAGCGGGCAUCGCCUUCGCCUGGGGCUACUCGUUGGCAUGGUCGGUGCCACCGCUGUUUGGUUGGAGCCGCUACGGCCCCGAGGGGCCCGGCACCACCUGCUCUGUCAACUGGACGGCCAAGACGGCCAACAACGUGUCCUACAUUGUGUGUCUGUUCUUCUUCUGUCUCAUCCUCCCGUUUGCGGUCAUUGUCUACAGCUAUGGUAAGCUCCUGCAGGCCAUCACACAGGUGAGCCGCAUCAACACGGCUGUGAGCCGUAAGCGGGAGCAGCGGGUGCUGCUGAUGGUCAUCACCAUGGUGGUGGCCUACCUACUGUGCUGGCUGCCCUAUGGAGUCAUGGCCCUAGUGGCCACGUUCGGGGGGCCAGGCCUGGUGACCCCAGAGGCCAGCAUCAUCCCCUCCAUCCUGGCCAAGUUCAGCACAGUCAUCAACCCCAUCAUCUACAUCUUCAUGAACAAUCAGUUCUACAGGUGUUUCCAGGCCAUGCUGAAGUGCACCGCCCCAGAGCGUGGCUCCAGCGUCAAGGCCUCAUCGCGUGCCACCAAGACCCUGCGCAUGGUGCGCCGUGCCACCAACGGCCACAACGUCAACAUCACCUUCGGCGUGCCGUCCGCCGGCUUCAACACCACCUACGCCCCUGAGAGCAACAGACAGUCGUUGGAGGUGAAGGACACCGCCUCCACUCCCCCAGCACUGGUUCCCCCUGCGCCCGUGCCAGUCAAGCCCACUCUCUCUCUAGUAGCCCACUACAAUGGCUGAGCAGGACGGACCUGUGUAUGUGUGUUUGUGUGUUUGUGUGUGUUUAUGGGGGGCACACAGGCCACUACACCGAUGUCCGUGAGGCUGGAAGCAAACUGCUGACUGUGACAGGAAGGGUGGUUGUCAGUGGCGACAGGGCGACGAGGAGGCGAGAGGAGACGUAUCUAACAUGACGUGAGGGAGAGAAGGGACCGGAACGAGGAGUCAGUGGAGUCAACGGUGAAGGCUCCAUGCAAAUGCUUCAGCUCCUGAAUGCAUGCUUCCCCCGCAAUGUAAUGGCAUGACAAUGUGUGGACAAAUAGGGAGGAUGGGAAUGAUCUGCUGAGGCUGAGGAGAAUGAGUGAGAUCUGCUCACAGUAGUGGACUGAAGGGGCGAUUAUGUUCUUUACACAACAUAAGCCACAUAAUGACGCUUUUCAGGCAGUGGGUCAACAGGGAGAACAGCUCGGAAAACAGUAUUUCAACAUGAAUGCAAAUUUCAGUCUUAAUUUCAGUUAAAAGGUCAUGCUAAUUCCAAUGAAACCAUUUCUUUAUAAUGACCAAGGACAUGCUGCCUGUCACUCUAUUCACAUUUUGUCCUGGAGCGAUUUUAUAAUUGCAGGAGCACCUCUUGGUGAAAUAUUUCAGCAGCAGCUUGCGUUUCUGUAUAAUGCUGUAGCACAAGUCUAUUCACUACUGUAUGUUUAUACUAAAGACCACACGGUGCCCUUGAUGAUAAAGAUGGCCUUGCAGAAAAUCUGUUGUUCUCUCUUAAGAAUAUGUUUUUCCUGUACAGUUCUUUAUGAAAUAGAAGCGGAUGUUGCCAUGGGGCCAUGCAGUUUGGGUUUUGUGUAUCUGAAAGAUAUGGCCCACUAUUGUUGUCAGUUUUUUGUUGGGCUUUUAGCCUUUAUUUGGACAGGACAGUGAAGACAGACAGGAAGUGAGUGGGAGAGGGACAUGACUGCAGGUCAGACUCGAACCUGGGUCCCCGUGGAUUCUCGGACCCGUUCAUGGUGCCCCCACUAUUGGUGUCAGUUUUGAAGAAGCUGAAAGAUUUUGCACACAAAGAAGCAUUUGAUCUGUUCUGGGUUAUGACUUUACAUAAGUAUGUACAGACUGAUUGUGUACAUUCAUAUUAGCAUCAAGUGAAGCCAAACCAUGUAAGUUGUUUCUAACCAUGUGCAUUUUGUAGUCUUGUUAAAGUGCUUUCUAGUGCAAGUUCUUGCGCAUAAUGGGGAAAAAAGAGAAGAGGCAGUCUGCUGACACAUGACACUUUUACUUGAAUCAUGAUGGAGGACGAGCUGUACGACUCUUCUACUGACCUGGUCAUCUGCGCAGGCCUUAACUGCUAUCCAGCUGCACCUGGAGUGAGAUGGACUGAAAGAGUGUUUAUGCUGCAAUGCUUGGACAUUUUCCAUAAUGAAUGCAGACAAGAAUGUGUCUCUAUUACUUUCACACAAGCACAUACACACAUAAUGUACAAUCACACACAAACAGAAAAAGUGAUUUUUCUUAUUGAAGUUUCGUAAUAAGUCAACUUUGAGAACUUUGCCACGUGUUUACAGCUGACUUCCGAAAAAAAAAGUAGAAGCAUACAUAAAAAAUAAUCUAUUUUGUAUGAUUCAUUUCAUUGAUUCAUUGCAUACUUUGAUGGUUGUGAAAAGGAAAUGUUGUGAUACAUCUAAAACUGUACAGAUAAAUAAAGCCAGUUUUUCUACUUGAUACAUCAUAUGUUAUCUUCACAUAGAGGUGGAGUAUGCGAGAGCUGGAAAUGAAGUGUUGCCAUGCUCUCAGCCCACCAGUGCAUCCAGUGGAUGUCACCCAUCAGCUAAUGGUUGUAUUGGUUGGUAA